AGUGAAGGAACCGGCGGGGAGAUGGCGCCGAGCUCGAAAUCAGAACGGGGCGGGAACCGGAAGUGGGGCCCCAGAGACCAUGUAAUCCGCCAGCUAGACCGAGUAAAGAUCACAGGUCAACUUUCAUCCCGGCUGUUUAGAAAACUACCACCUCGGCUGUGUGUCUCUCUGCGCAACAUUGUGGAUGAGGAGUUCCUGCAAAAGGGUCACAUCUUCCUGGGUUUCACCAAGUGUGGCCGUUUCGUGUUGUCAUACACCAGCGAUGUCCUUGAUGAUGAUUUUUCUUUCUACUCGUAUCACCUGUACUGGUGGCAGUUUCAAGUGCACAGCAAACUGCGUCUGGUGCGACAGGUCCGCCUGUUCCAGGAUGAAGAAAUCUACAGUGACCUUUUCCUGACAGUCUGUGAGUGGCCAAGUGACAGCUCCAAAGUUAUUGUGUUUGGCUUCAAUACUUCUGGAAAUGGGAUGUUAAUGAAUAUGAUGAGUGAUGAAAACCACCGAGAUAUAUAUAUCAGCAUUGUGUCUGCCCCUCCAACAUCACCUUGUACAGACUGCCGGGAGUCCACAUCCGGUCCGUGUCUUCUACACAGCUUCAUGCUGCACACCAAGUACCAGGUGGUCUAUCCUUUCCCCACCUUCCAGCCAGCCUUCCAGUUGAAAAAAGAUCAUGUAGUUUUGCUCAACACAAGCUAUUCUUUGGUUGCUUGCGCUGUGUCCGUGCAACAAGCAGGGAAUACUGAACCCAACCAAAUCUUGUACAGCAAACAAAGCCAACAUCGAAUUACGUGCAGCUGUUCAUCCUCCUCUUCUAGUCCAUCGUCCUCUUCUGCUAGCAGUCGCUCCCCACUUAUGCCUGACCAGUUCUGCUCCAGUCCCCCCACUACUCCACCAGCCGUCACUCGUGCCAGAGAGUUUGUGGCUGGCAUCUUUCGUCGUGCCAGAGAAGCCUCAGGGUUGGAAUCCCAAGAAAGGGGAGAGAAGGCUGGGCCAAGCACAGAAAGUCCACCACGAACCUCUGACCCAGAGUCCCCCAUAUGGCAUCGUCCUUCCAGUGAGGGGCAUGGACGGCCAAACACUGGCCAUACUGAAGAACCUAGUUAUGUUAAUUACACACGGCUACGAUAUUUCCUUGGAGAAGUGACAGAGACUGACCAAGAAAGUGAAUAUGAAGAUGACAAGAUUUCACUGCCAUUCCUGGUCACUGAUCUAAAAGGACGUCAUCUAAAGCCAAUUAAUGAUAAAGCUUCAUUCCAGGGCCAGCACCUGAACGUAGAGCAGUUGACUUUGGAUUUUGAGUAUGUGAUCAACGAGGUGAUCCGACAUGACGCUUCCUGGUCCCGGCAGUUCUGCUCGUUUAGUGAUUAUGAUAUUGUCAUCCUGGAGAUGUGUCCUGAGACCAACCAGGUCAUCAUAAAUAUUGGCCUUCUUCUCCUUGCAUUCCCAGGUCCCCAAGAUGAGGGUCAACUGAGGCCCAAGACCCAUCACACCAGCCUGAAGGUUGCAUGGGAUCUACAUACAGGGAUCUUCAAUACUCUCAGUGUGGGUGACCUCAUUGAGGUUAAAGGUCAAACAAGUGGAAGCGUUUGGAGCACGUAUCGAAAGAGCUGUGUUGACACCGUUAUGAAAUGGCUGGUCCCAGAGAGUGGUGUGCGUUAUGUGAAUCGGAUGACCAACGAGGCUCUACAUAAAGGCUGCUCUCUCAAGGUGUUGGCUGACAGUGUCCGAUAUACAUGGAUUGUGCUGUAAUCUGGUGUGUCCAGGUUUUAUUAACGCUACCUCUGUGCAAGUCUCGUGGUGCAUCUCAAAGGGGGGGAGGGGGCGGGGACACAACAGGAGCUUAUCACCUUGCCUUGUUACACUGCCAUCUAGUGACAUUACUGUGCACAGCAACGAUGCAAUGGAGACUGUUAGGAGACAAGAUGUAUUUGCAUGAUUUAUGAAGAUUUUGCAUAUCCUGGAGCAGGAUACAUGAGUGGUUAAGAUGUUGACCUGCAACAUUCCUUGCUAACGUGAUCUAUCCCUUUUCAUGCUACGGGGAUAAUUUCACAGCAGAAUACAUUUAUUUUAAUUUUUGUCCUACCAGAACAAAGCAGAGUUCUUAUUUUUUUAAUAGCAUGUGUAGAUAUAUAUGUAUAAAAUUACACCACCCAUUGUCCUAUGUUGUGAAAAUAAAUCACAUUAUUUCUGA